UCCUCAUCAGAUUUUUAAGUAUGUAAGUUGCUUCAUUCUUGCCUCAUCUGUGGCAAGAACUAGCUUCUGCAAUAAUGUUUGUGUAUCACUGUGUACCUGCGAGAAACUUACAAGCCUUGGCUCGUAACUUUUCUAAUGUUUGUCGUUCAAGAAAUCUUAAGAGAUGAUUGCUCCAGAAUGGUGAAAGUGUUCAACUAUAGAAGACCCGCAAGACUAUUAUCGAGUUCGACGAGAAUGAGGGCAGGUGAUCCUGAAAGAAGAGAGCUUUCGCGCCCUAUGCGUACUUUGGACUCGGCUUUUGAUGAACUUUUAGCUUUUGCUCAGGAUCCUUGGGCCAUGUUUCGCUCACCGUGGAGUAUGACACCGAGAAAUAUGGCAGUAGACCAGUGGAUGCCUCGGGUUGAUUUGGUAGAAAAGGAAGAUGGCUUCUAUGCAUAUGUUGAACUUCCAGGACUUAGCCGAGAAAACGUGAAAGUUGAAGUCCGAGGGGAAGUUAUUACUAUCUCUGGAGAAAAGAAGGACGAAGCCAAGUCGGAAAGUGAAAAGAAUGGAGUCGUGUAUCAUAGGAUGGAGCGUUCAUACGGAAGCUUUCAGAGGUCUUUGCGCAUUCCACCGCAAGUAGAGAAGGACAAAAUCAAAGCGGUGUGUAAAGACGGUGUACUUACUGUGACUAUGCCUAAGAGACAUGUAGAAAAACAAGACGCAAAGACGAUAGAAAUACACGCAGAGUAAGAACAACCCCAACUUUCAAGUUGGAAACUUGUUGUUGUGUUAUGUUUUUUUGUGAAUAAAGCACUUGUUGAGUUGUACUGUGAAAAAGCUUGCGAGUAGAAACAAAAUUGGCU